CCCAACAUCCUUCGUUACACUCACCUACAAUGUUUGGUACUGUCGUUCUUUCUGCACUGGCUCUCUCGAGCCAGGCACUUGCUGCCAACUUCACUUCGACUUCUCCAGCAGAUGUUGCUGCUGCCCGCGAUAGUGCUUUGACCCUCAGCCCAACCAGCAAGGUCCAUGGCAAGGCCUUCGACCGCUUCGUCACUAUCUGGCUUGAGAACACCGAUUUCGACAAGGCCGCUAGCGAUCCCAACCUAGCCUGGCUGGCCAAGAAGGGUAUCACCUUGAGCAACUACAACGGUGUCACACACCCCAGUGAGCCAAACUACAACGAUGACUUUAACCGAAUUCCUGGUAAUGUUUCCAGUAUAAUUGAUUUGCUGGAGGANAAGGGCAUUUCUUGGUCUCAAUACCAACAGGAUAUGCCCUACUCCGGUUUCGAGGGCAUGGCCUGGGUGAACCAGCAGACCAAAGCCAACGACUACGUCAGAAAGCACAACCCUGCUGUUAUUUACGAUGCAAACACUAGCGCUGAGAGACUGGCCAAGAACAAGAACUUGACCGAGUUCUACAGCGAUCUUGAAGCCAAGAAGCUUCCUCAGUGGAUCUUCUUGACACCAAACAUGACCAAUGAUGGCCACGAUACCAGUGUCACAACUGCUGGUGCCUGGACUCGUAGUUUCUUGGAGCCUCUUCUCGACAACAAGGAGUUCAUGAAGAAAACCCUUGUGCUGGUCACAUUCGACGAGUCGCACACCUACACCAUCCAGAACCAGGUCUUCAGCAUUCUUCUCGGUGAUGCCGUUCCCAAGAAGCUCAUUGGCACCACAGACUCUCAGUACUACAACCACUACUCUGAGAUCAGCACCGUUGAGGCAAACUGGGACUUGAGCACUCUCGGCCGUUGGGACGUCGGUGCCAACGUCUUCUCCUUCGUUGCUGAAAAGACUGGCGAUGUCAACACUCCAUGGCCCGCUGCCUCCGGUCCCAACACCAGCCACUUCUUCAACAGCUCUUUCGCCGGUCCUUUCAACAGCGCUGACAGAGUUGCAACCCUUCCCGUUCCUAACACCAAACUUGUCAGAAACGGUCGCAAGGUUCUCGGCAGUAUCGCUCGCACUUGGGGUGAUGCUUCAUUGCAAAACCAGACCUACUACCAGAACACCGUCCAAAUCCCUGACGGCAUGCANCCUCCACAGGGUUGG